AUGGUUUAUAACCUGGACCAGCCUAGCAAUCAGCCUGGCUUGAUGUCAAAUUCAUGUAAACAUGCUAUAUUUAAUGUCAUUAAUGUCAUAACCUUGGUGGAAACAAAAUGACUAAGCAGCCUAUUCACAACUCUUUUCAUCUCUUCAUUUCAUCAUCGUAUGUACUACGUUAGGUUUACUGUAAUACAUGCAUCGAUUGAAGCUCCUAGAAGCCUUGAGAACAAGCCUUCGUUUGUAUUGUUGCGAUUUUGUUAUUUUUUUAAUCAUUUGAUUCUUUUUUGUAGUUUGUUCUAUAGCUCAAGUCACAACUCCAUCUGCAGAUCUACAAUGUUUUUUUUUUUUGAUAUUUUUUUCACUGUCUGCACAACCACUUAAUUCAGAAGGCGCUUGCUGGCCUGAGAAGAAUCAACUUAGAUGGUCUGAGAUGGCGAGUGUUUGACGCCAAAGGCCAGGUCUGAACUCGCCGCCCCUGUGGACAACUUGCCCAUGGAAGGGAUCUUCCCACUGAAACUGCGACAUUGCUUUCUCCCAGAUUCUCGGAAGAUUAGCCUCACAGAUAGCCACCGUCGUUCAAGGAAAGGACAAACCAACAUACACUCCAUACCGUGAAGAUGGAGACAUGUGUAUUGUAAUAAACGCAAAGGACGUUUGUUUCACCGGAAGGAAGCUGACCGAUAAGUUCUAUCGCUGGCAUACCGGGCAAGUCCUCGUACUUACUACUUAUAGAAACAUUCGUAUUAUGAACAUUAUUUUCUUCUUCGAGUGUUCAUUUAUCUUUGAAUAUUUAUAGGUAUGUUGGGCAUCUUAAGGAGAGGAGCUUGAAGGACCAGCUGGAAAAGGAUCCUACAGAAGUGAUUCGCAAAGCUGUCUUGCGGAUGCUUCCUAGAAAUAAACUGCGUGAUGUGAGUCUACUAAACAGCUUUAUUACUGCUAUUUAUAGUAAGCUAUCUCCUAGGCGCAGCUUGCAUGCAUCAAGCUAAUUCGGACCGAGAUUUAUAGUAAGCUAUCUCCAUGGCUGCAGAUCAUGGGUUGCUCAGUGAGUAUUGUCACUAAUUUCUGCAGGACCGAGACAGGAAGCUCAGAAUCUUCGCCGGAAGCGAGCACCCAUUUGGCGACCGACCUGUGGAGCCGUACCAGAUGCCGCCCCGCAGUGUUAGGGAGAUGCGGCCUCGCGCCAGGCGGGCGCUUAUUCGGGCGCAGAAGAAGUCGGAGCAGACCGUCGCCUCGGAGGCCGCGAGGAAGAAGAACAAGGACAAGGCGGAGACCGCCGAGUAG